AGAAGAAGGAAGAAGUUCGGCCUUCCAAAUAUAGCAGAGACUCCGAUCGUACGCCCCCCAUUUUGGACCCAUUUCAAGAAGUGUACGUGCAAUUUGUGAAUUGCCUUUUAAACGUUCAAGAUGCAGGGACUUUCAAUAAAAUCUCUUAAAAAACACCCUUCUCUCAUCCCCCUCUUCGUUUCGCUGGGAGUUGGAGUUGCGAUGGCUGCUGUUUAUACUCUUCGUCUAGCAACCCAAAACCCUGAUGUUACAUGGGACAGGAAGAACAACCCAGAGCCAUGGCAAAAGUAUGCUGAAAAGCAAUACAAGUUUUAUGCGCCAUCUGGAUUCAAACCUAGCCAGGCACCUAAAUUUGAAGAGUGAUUUCCGUAAAAGAGUUCUUUUAUAGUCUCCUUCAUGAUUGAAAUUCCUGGAUAAUGUUGAAAUAAAAAGAAUUGGUAGUA